AUGGUUGUGGCUGUUGCUCCCCGCUUCAGCUUCACCUCAAAGGGGAGGCAUUUGGUGCCAAGCUGUGAGCCGUGCAGCAACCCUGGCUCUCAGGGCGGCCACGGCGUGCACAUGGCCUGCUGCCAUCCCCUCCCUGCUCUCCCCUCGUGGGUUGAGGCCAUGCCAGGUAUUACGUACCUUGACCAUGCUGGUUCAGCACUUUUCCCAGAGAGUCUCCUUAAAGCUUUUACUGAUGAUCUGAGAAGCAACAUUUAUGGCAACCCUCAUAGUCAGAAUAUCAGCAGCAAGCUGACAUAUGACACAAUUGAGCAUGUCCGAUACAGAAUAUUGCAACACUUUAACACUACUGCUGAAGAUUACACCGUCAUUUUCACAUCUGGAUGCACAGCUGCACUUAAACUAGUAGCAGAAGCAUUCCCUUGGAUACCUGAAGGCACAAAGCAACCCAGCAGUCGAUUCUGUUACCUAACUGACAGCCAUACAUCUGUGGUGGGCAUGAGGGGGAUAACUGCCUCAAUGAAUGUCUUAUCUAUUCCAAUAAAACCAAAAGAAAUCUUGUUAUCAGAAGAAAACAGGUUAUCAGCUGAAGAACAAAACUGUACAACACCUCAUCUGUUCUCUUAUCCAGCUCAGAGCAAUUUUUCUGGUACCAAGUAUCCCCUUUCAUGGAUACAGGACAUAAAAUCUGGAAAACUUUGUCCCGUCAAAAUACCAGGGAAGUGGUUUGUUCUACUAGAUGCAGCUUCGUAUGUGAGCAGUUCUCCAUUAGACUUGGGAGUUCACCAAGCUGACUUCAUCUCCAUCUCAUUCUAUAAAAUCUUUGGAUUCCCAACUGGUUUAGGAGCACUACUGGUAAACAACCGGAUUGCCCCCUUCUUGAGGAAAACCUAUUUUGGAGGUGGAACUGCAGCUGCCUACCUUGCAGAAGAGAAUUUUUAUUUCCCAAAGAAAUCUAUAGCAGAAAGGUUUGAAGACGGCACAGUCUCUUUUCUUGAUAUCAUUGCUUUGAAACAUGGAUUUGAUGUUCUGGAAAAACUCACAGGUGGAAUGGAGAAAAUAAAGCAGCAUACCUUUGCAUUAGCUCACUACACAUAUACCGUGCUGUCCACCUUAAAAUAUGCCAAUGGGGCUCCUGUAGUACGUAUUUACAGCGAUACAGACUUCAGCAAUCCUGAUGUCCAGGGUCCAAUCAUUAAUUUUAAUGUGCUCGAUGAAAAUGGAGAGGUGAUCGGCUUUUCACAGGUUGUCAGUAACUGGCACCAUCUGUCUCAGCAGCUACUUCCUCCUGCCAGCAGUAGUGGCAGAGCUGCAUUGCUCUCAGAAGCUGGAAUGCUAAAAGCUAAUGGCCAGUCCUACAACAUACAUCUCCGCACAGGUUGCUUCUGUAACACAGGAGCCUGCCAGAUUCAUUUGGGGAUGAGCAAUGAGGACAUUCAGAGGAACUUGCAGGCUGGCCAUGUCUGUGGAGAUGAUAUAGACCUCGUUGAUGGACGUCCCACUGGUUCUGUGAGAAUAUCCUUUGGCUACCUGUCUUCUUUUGAAGAUGCACAGACUUUUUUGAAAUUCAUCAUAGCCACCAGACUCUCCAAGUCAGACAGUGAGAUUCCCUUCCAGUCGUCUGUUACAAAGCUGAUGACAGAGACUGUCCCAGAUGACCACCCUUCCUUUAACAAUGCAGAUAAAUUGUCUGCAGUACCACAGAUCUCGGACAGAGAACUCAGGAAUAAUUUGUCUGUGACAAAGACAACUGUCAACUGGCAGCCACCGGAGGCUGAGGCAGAAAGCAUAAGGGCAGCUGUUUCUGAGACUGCAGUGCCACCAUACAGAAAAGGGGGAAAGCCCAUCACUAUCACCAACAUUUACCUCUACCCAAUCAAAUCCUGCUCUGCAUUUGAGGUUACAGAAUGGCCAGUGGGAAACCAGGGUUUGCUGUUUGACCGUAACUGGAUGGUUGUAAACCAGAAUGGAGUGUGUAUUACUCAGAAACAGGAACCAAAGUUGUGUCUUGUAAAUCCUUCAAUUGACCUGAACAAAAAGGUUAUGGUCAUACAGGCAGAAGGCAUGGACCCAAUAUCUGUAUCACUUGAAGACAACACUGGAAAAGAGACAGUGAUCUGUGAGAGCAAAGUCUGUUCACACAGGGUAAAAACAUACGACUGUGGAGACAGAAUUGCUGGCUGGUUCUCUUUGUUUCUUCGUCGUCCAUGUCGCUUGAUAAGACAAAGUUCAGAUGUAAAAAACAAGUCACAUCAGAAAAAUACAAAAGGUCUGGCACCUGCGACAAACAUCUCACUCUCUCUUGUGAAUGAAGCACAAUAUCUCCUGAUAAAUGUUGCAAGCAUUCUGCAGCUGAAAGAACAUAUUUCUGCAAGAUUGGAAGAGCCACUGGAAUUAGAGGAAUUAAUCCGACGUUUCCGUGCUAACAUUGUCAUCAGUGCACCAGAGUCCUUUGAAGAGGAAGAGUGGGCUGAGAUUUCAAUAGGUGCUCUGCGAUUCCAGGUUGUAGGUCCGUGUAGCAGAUGUCAAAUAAUCUGCAUUGAUCAACAGUCUGGGGAACGAAACAAGGAAUUUCUGCAGUCUCUGUCUGCUGCCAGAGGCAGAAAGACAAACUUUGGCAUAUAUCUGAUGAACCAGCCCUUGCACUCAUCCUUUCCAGAUGUUAUAUCAGUUGGGUCUCAAGUACUUCCAGUGCUGAAGGAGAAUACAGAAAUUCAGCCCCCGACAUCUGGUGAAGAAAAAUGUUCAGGAUAG